AUGCUCUUCAAGCUCUCCUCCCUCGUUGCAGCCGCUGCUAUCCUCGCCACCGGAGCUCAUGCCGGCCCCAUCGCCUACGGCAUCUGCCAGACUGGCUGCAACGCCGUCGUCGUCGCCUGCUACGCCGGCGCGGGCUUCACCUUCGGAACCGUCACCGCCGGCCUCGGCGUCCCCGCCGCCAUCGUCGCCUGCAACGCCGCGCUGGGAACCUGCUCGACGGCCUGUGCCACCAUCGGGCUCUUCGCCCCGACUCCGUAG